AUGUCGCGCGGAGACACGCGCGAUCAUCGAGCCGACGGCGCGUCCACGGGGUCGCUCUCGAGCGAAGAUUCGUCGAUUCGUUCGUGCGGUGCGGAAUCAUCCUCGAGCUCACGCGCGCGUCUGUACGCGACGCCGAUCGGGUCCAGGCACGGCUACGCGUGGCCGCGUCCGGGGCGCGGUCGUCGUCCGGGGGACGUCAUCUUUUGGCAUCGACGGGCGCAGGAGUUUUUCGACGCGGCGUUCACGCACUGGGCGGUCUACGUCGGGCGCGUCGGGGUGUGGGACGAACGUUUGGGGACGUGGCGAUGGACGCGCGCGGGGGAUUCGCACGAGAUGUGCGUGGAGUGCGUGGUGCAUCUCUGGGGGGCGCCCGAGGGGAGCGAGGAUGGAGUGAAUCGGGACAUGGACGAGAACGCGGCGUGCGUGCUGACGCCGCUGGAGGACGUCGGCGUCGAUCCGAGAUGUGGGAACGCAAAGUACGACGCGGAGCGGGCGCCGUUGCGAAUUGGUGAGAUCAUGGAUCGCUGUCGAUUGGCGGUGGAUCAGGGGUUUUACGAGGGGCGCUACGGCGGGUACUGCGUUCGGUCGAAUAACUGCGAGCACUUCGCGACGUGGGCGCGAUACGGGGCGCGGAUGAGUCUGCAGAUUGAAAACGUGGCGGGUAAGGCUGUGCUCGCCGUGAGAAUGGCGGCGUCGUUAAUGCGCGGCCUUGCCACCGGGACGCCGCGCGCCAGAGACCCCGGAGAGAGCCAGAGCGCUAACGUGGCGAAGCACUUGAUAAUGGGCACGCGCGUGAGCGAGAACGACGACGCGGAAAUCGCGCGUGCUGUUCGCGACAUGCACGACGACCGAGAGCCGGUUUAUACCGCCGCAGAAGACGUGACGUAUGUACUUGAUUACCUCAUCGAUCGCGUGGACGUCGAGAUGCAGGAACGACGAGAGAACGAGCAGCCGCAGUGGAUGACGUGGUCGUCUCAACCUACGCCAGGACAAGAGUUACUCGCGACGGUCUCGUUCGGUCGAUCGCGUCCGAGCACGCAACGCCCUCCAAACGACUCGAUCGAUGAGGAAGUAUUGAUCGACGCGGCAGAUCAUCUCGGAGGAUUCAUUAGACAAGGCGCCUCGAGCGUGUUCAACUUACUAGGUGCGCUCGGAGCAGAGUUGACGCGUUCGAGCCGACGUCCAGAGCCGAAUUUAGAGUCGAAUGACGAUGAAAACGUGGCAUAG